AUGGCUAAAUCACUCUCUCUACUCUGCUUCCUUCCAAAACCAAUGGCCUUUUCAUCAACAACAAAAGCAACCUUCUAUCCUUCUCUCUUACCCUCAAAAAGGUCCAAUCUUUUAAACAUACCCAUCGUCUCACUAACGCAAAGUCUCUUCUCCACCACUUCUACUAGAUAUCCUCUUCAAUAUGAUAUGAUCAUUAACCGCCCAGCUAAGCCCCAACGCCCCCAAUGUCGGCCACGACCUGCUCGAAUCACUAGACCAAACUCAGACUCCGACUCACCUCAAAACCCAGAUGCAGAACUCGGUCUUGAUUCAUGGGCUGAUCAAAAACUGUCUCAAGAUGAGAUGGAUAAUUCUAAAAGAAAGUAUUAUAGAAAGAGGAGGAAAAGAAUGUAUGGGUCAGAUUCUGACGAGGAAAAUAAGAAAAAUGAAGAAGGUUUUGUAGAGUUGAAGCCCGAGGUUGUAGAAUUUCAUAGGUUGCAUAAGAGAGAGGAGGAAUUGUAUUUUCAUGAUGCAUUUGCUUAUCCAUGGGAGAAAGAUAAGCAUUAUAAGAUGGUUUAUCAAUUGGAGAAGAAGUAUUUCCCCGACCAAUGCCUUGAUAAGGCAUUUCUUGAUCCUAAAGACUCAAAUAAUGUGAAUCAAAGAGGGAAAACAAAGAAGACCAAGAGUGGUGUCAAGAGAGGAGAGAAGGAGAGAGAUCAUAGUGGGGUUGAAGAGGGAGAGGAAGAUAAAAGGUUGGUUUUUUUCGAUGAGGAGGAGAAGGGUGAGAAAGGGACUAAUUUGAACGAUAAAAAGGAUGUUACAGAGAGGAAAGUGGAGGAAUUCUUUAAGUGUUUGAAAAAAGUUCCCAAUAAGGAUAAUGAAGUGGAUAUUGGAGAGCCUUAUAUUGCUACAAGGAAUACUCUGCCACCAAGGUGGGAUGGCCCUUAUGGGACUGUGGUUUUGGUGAAUAAGCCUAAAGUAAAGAAUGAAACCUCGGUUCCAGCUGUACAGUUGUGGAAAAGAAAACGAUUGCCUAAUGAAUUUGUUCACUGCGGCUAUGAUGGCCCUUCCCCCUCAAUUUUCGAACAGGAACUGAACAAAAAGGAUUUAGUUCUAAGGGGGAAGUUGCUUUUUUGUUUUAAUAUCAUGUCAAAAGGACGUGAAAUUAGCAAGGAUAGAGUGUUUGAUUAUAAAACAGGAUGGACUUCGUUUACGGUUUGUGGAAAGCUGCGUCGCCUGGUCAAAGUGAAAAAGGUGGGGCAUGCUGGAACGCUUGAUCCCAUGGCAACUGGUUUACUGAUUGUGUGUGUUGGUAAAGCCACAAAGUUGGUAGAUAGAUAUCAAGGUAUGAUUAAGGGUUAUAGUGGAGUGUUCCGUUUAGGGGAGGCUACUUCUACUUGGGAUGCUGAUUCGCCAGUUAUUCAGCGUGAGCCUUGGGAGCACAUUAAAAAUGCAGAAAUAAAGAAAGCUGCUGCAUCCUUUUGUGGGGAGAUAUGGCAAGUUCCACCGAUGUUCUCUGCAAUCAAAGUUGGAGGUGAAAAGAUGUAUGAGAAAGCAAGGAGAGGAGAAAGCAUUGAGCUUUCACCAAGAAGAAUUUCAAUUUUUCAAUUUGACAUAGAGCGAAGCUUAGAGGACAGACAAAAUUUGAUCUUUCGGGUGACAUGCUCUAAAGGAACAUACAUUCGGUCACUAUGUGCGGAUCUUGGAAAGGCUCUUGGAAGGUAA